AUGAACGGAAACUCACUACCUUCAGCUGCGGCCGCCGCACCGAAUGGUCCACGACCAUCUCCCGCAGGCGUCUCUCCAGCAAACCUGCCUGGAGGCCCACCAGUUGGUCCAAAUGGCCAACCUCCCCGACCCCGACGCCGCCGCCCUCCACCGACCGAUCCCAUGCGCCCUGUGUACCGACCCAUGAAGACUAUCACCAAGCCUAUGGUGACUUUGACUCAGAUGAACGAACGUGCUGGAGAUACCCAUACUGCAGUAGCGAACAAUGAUGGCACGAAGUCUGUGGAGCAGCUGAAGCAGGAGUACCUUAGCCAGGGCGCGAUAUCUUUCCCGCUUGUGCUCACGCGACGCGAUAUGAGAGAUAUGCGCCAUCACGUCAUGAGGCUAGCAGCCAAAGGCAAAAUUGAUAUUCAAGAUGAAGCACAGUUCACUCCACCGAUUCGAUUGCAUCGUCGUGACCCUCGUGCCCCACCCAGCGGUGCUGGCUCUCACUUCGAAGAAGAGGAAACGAAGGAAGACAUCGAAGAAUUAAAGGAGCGCGAGCGGAUUGAACUCGCGAAAGAAGAGCGACGCAAGGCGCGCGAGGAGACAUUGUCGAAAAUCGCACCAUCGGCUACGAAGAAGCCUCAGGCUUUCCAAAAGAAAACUGAACAGAAGUUUCGCCCGGACGACACUCCAGAAGCCGAAAAACGUCGUCUUCUCAAAUACGAGGAAACUUUGCCUUGGCAUCUCGAGGACUUUGACAACAAGCAGACUUGGUACGGAACUUAUGAAUCGGAACUCUCCGAGGCCCACGUCAUGCUCACUACCGCCUGGAACGGCGACCAAGGCGACGUCAUUCAGAUGGUCCCAUUAGAGCGAUGGUACAAGUUCCAGGUGAAAGGAAAAGUAAAAGCUGCUACUGCUGAUGAGGUCGAAGAAGCUUGGAAAAAGAUGGAGAAAGUACCAAGGUUCCUGAGCAACAUAGAACAAAUCAGUCUGAAGAGAGAACGUGAUCAGGAACAGCGAGCGCGAGGGCUAGGCAGAGACAAAUUGAGAACCCGUGUAGGUGGAGGUGGUGAUGAUGAGGGCGCCAUUCGACGACGGGGUGGAGGCGACGAGGAUGACGACAUUCCUUACAUCAAGGCCGAAGCGGAUGCUGACGACAUCGAUUUCAAUAUGGAGGAAGAUUUUGCCGACGACGAGGAAGGCCUGAACGGUCUUUUCGAAGGUGAAGAAGACGAUGUCAAAGAGUCACACGAGAAGAUGAAGCGUGAGCAACUUGGCGCUGGAGGCAUCUUCGAACUUCGCAAUGAAGAGGAAGUCUAUCGCCAGGAAGAGAAAGAGAGAGCUGAGGCUGAAAUGGCCAAGAAGCUUGAGAAGAGCAUGCGUAAAGCUUUGACCAAGAGGGAGAAGCUUUAUGAAUAUGCCAAUGACUCUGACUCUAAUCCUUACGCCUCUUCUUCUAGUGACUCUGACAGUGAUUCUGAGACUGAACGCCAGCGAGCCAAGGAGGAAGAAGAGCGAAAGGCUGCUGAGCAGAAUGGAAAGAAUGCCGAUGCAGAUAAGCUUGCAUCGGGUGCCUCCACGAAGGGAUCCAACACGCCAUCCGGUGCGCACAAGCCUGUCGAUUUGAACAAAAAGAAACGACCAGGCUCUCCAAACUUGUCUGAAGCAAGCGGCAAUGAGUCUUCUCGCAAGAAGCAUAAGAAGAAGCACGAGAGAAACGCCGACGGCUCACGGAAGUCUGCCCUCAUUAACGAUAGCAAGCGAGGAGCUGGCUCCGGGAGUGAAAGCGAGAUGACCGAUACCGGGAAAUCGAAGAAGAGCAAGGAUAAAUCGAAGCUCAAGUUCAAGUUGGGAUCGGGAAGUACACCGAGUGGUAGUCCCACGGGUAGCCGUGCAAGCAGUCCAGCUGCUACCCAGCUUAAUGGAAGCAGAGCAGGGAGUCCCGCUGCCUCGAGCCCUGGAGCUUCAGCAACAACCCAAAAAGCCUUGCCAUCUGCCAGCGAAAUCUAUAAAGCUAUUCCUGCCGAAGGCAUGACUAUCCAAGGUCUCAUUGCCAUUUUCAAGGGGCGCGUUGGAGCGAGCAAUACCCAGCUUUUCAUUCGCCUAGUGAGGUCUGUUGCGAAUUUUGAUAAAGCCCGUGGUCGUGUCUUCCCCCUACCAGAGAUGCCAUCUGAAACUCAAAUUGAGGCUAUCAUGAAACGGCAUACCCAGGGUGCACCUAAGAGUGCCGCGGCAAGCCCAUCCUAA